AUGGCGGCUGUUCUUGGACGUUUAGUGAACUCAACUUGCAGACGAUCUGUUGGCUUGAUAACACAGUCACGAUGGGCUUACACUGUAGAAAAAGAACCAAUGAAGUCCAGCGUCACUUUUAUCUCUGAACCAAAAGAAGGUCAAGAAGAACAAGACAUUCCACCCUAUGUGACAAGAUAUAGUUCCAGAGGGUUUAGAAUCAAAAAUGUCAAAGUUUUUGGAUCUGUAGCUAUAGUACCAGACAAUUUCUUUCACUGGAAAAUUCAUAAUCCAAAUGAUAUAACCCCAGAGAGUCUAAAACUUUUCACUUUAAUGGAUCCUUCAAUAGAAAUUCUUGUGAUUGGUACAGGAGACAAAAUUGUCCAGCUUUCACCUGAAGUGCAUUCCCACUUGAAAGAGAAUAAAAUCAUGCUAGAAGUACAAGAUACUAGAAAUGCUGCUGCCACCUUUAAUUUUCUUCUUGAGGAAGAGAGACUUGUAGGAGCUGCUCUUAUUCCACCUCACACUGAAAAAAGCUGAUGUCCCACCUUAACGUCUAUUCUGUAAUUCUAGAAAACAAUAUCCAUGCCUCCUCCAUAAAGAAGAGAUUGGAUUUUCCAAUGUGCAGGAAGAAAUACUUAUACCUUCAGCAUUGGGGGAUGAUUUACCAGGAGUUGGGACUUGGGUCUAAGGCGGGUACUUUGUGUGGACCUAGAGAAUAUACCUAUAUCCCUCAUGGAGGGGUUAUAGCUCAUCUUAUGCUUGUACAUAAUCAUCAUAAUCAUAAUCAUUUCUAAAUUGGACAAGUGAUAACUCUACUAGACAGGGGUUUAAGUUGUGAUAUUUUGUGCUUGAUUACUGAAAAAUAAAUAUUUAAGCCAA